AUGGAGCACCCUGCUGGAAAACCUGUUAUUCUACCAUCUUCCUUUCAAGGCAGCCCACGAAAUAUGCAACAACAUUACCAAGAUGCAAUGGCUAUCGUAAGAAAGUUUGUAAAACCUGAUCUAUUUAUCACUAUGACCUGCAAUCCUAAAUGGACAGAAAUUACAACUAAUCUUAUGCCAUGGCAAAGAGUGGAACAUCGUCCUGAUUUAGUUGCAAGAGUCUUUAGACUUAAACUAAAUAACCUGCUAGAAGAUAUCAAGAAUAGAUCUCUAUCUGGAACUGUUAAAGCAAUUAUCCACGUUAUCGAGUUUCAGAAGAAAGGUUUGCCACACGCCCAUAUAUUAUUAAUACUUGAUGAUGAUUCCAAAAUCCGCACAGAAUAUGACAUCGAUAAAAUAGUAAAAGCUGAAAUUCCAAACCGUGACACUUCUCCACGUCUCUUUCAAAUUGUUAUCAGAAAUAUGAUUCAUACACCAUGUGGCAAUAGAAAUCCAAACAGUCCAUGUAUGGUUAAUGGCAAAUGUUCAAAAGGCUUCCCCAAAGACUUCCAAGAUGUUACACUUGGAAAUAUAAAUGGAUAUCCUAAGUAUAUGAGACGAAAGACAAGUGAAUUGCAAAUUAUUCCAGGUUGUCCAAUUGACAAUAGCUGGGUCGUACCAUACAAUCCUUAUUUAUGUUUACGAUACAACUGCCAUAUAAAUGUUGAAAUCUGCGCUACAGUAAAAAGCUUUAAUUAUCUAUUCAAAUAUGUUUACAAGGGCCACGAUUGUGCUAAUGUCUCAAUAUCUGAAAGAAAUGAUCACGAUGAGACUCGAAUGUAUGUGGAUUCACGGUACGUCAGUGCUCCAGAGGCUAUGUGGAGAAUAUUUUGCUUUCCAAUGCACAAUCAGAGCCACACGAUAUGUCGCUUGCCAGUUCAUUUGGAGCACGAACAAACUGUCUGUUUUCAUGCAGGUAAUGAGCUCCAAGCGGCAAAGAGAGCAGCCACAAAAGAUACUAAACUUAACACAUGGUUUAAACUCAAUCAAAACGAUCACAGUGCUCACCAGUGGAAGUAUUAG